UUCAACACGCGACUUAGCAGCAUGGCAGCAUCACAGAGCAACCCAACUAAUAAACCUGACGUUGAACGACCAGUCUUCAACACUACAAGUUUUCAGAAGAAAACGCGGAGCAAGUUGUUAUCCAUACCUGGAACCAGACCGUCAGUUCAGAACGGGCAGCUGUUAGUGUCGACUGGUGUCACGUCGCUCGACUUUCUGCUCGGUGGUGGACUUGCAGUUGGAACAGUACUACUCAUAGAGGAAGACCGGUAUGAUAGCUAUUCUCGUAUGAUCUUAAAGUACUUCUUGGCAGAAGGAGUGGUGUGUCGUCAUGAACUAUAUGUGGCAGCAGCUCAAGAUAACCCAACUGACAUCAUCCAGGAACUUCCUGAUCCGAUACUGGACGAUGUGGCAACCCACAAACCCGUAGAACAGCCCCGGCUGUCCUCUGACACCCAGGAAGGUCUGGAUGCCAUGAAGAUCGCUUGGCGUUAUCAGAAUUUACCAAAAGUUCAGAGCACUCUUGCCUCCUCGUCACGUUUCGGACAUUACUAUGAUGUGUCCAAGACCAUGGCGUCAGAAAUUCGAGAGGCGGCAAGGUGCCACCACUUCUACCUUCCAGAACAGCCAGUGCAGACAUCGCCCCCACACAGCCCCAUGCUGCCGUCGUAUUCUUGGCUGUUGAAGUCUCUUGAAGAAGUCAUUCACAGGGAAGGGUUUCUUGUGGCACCUGCUGUGACGUCAAAGCCUCGCAACAUCCUGCGGAUUGGGCUCCACUCUCUUGGUUCGGCGUUGUGGGGCGAUGACCUGUGUUGCCAUGAGAACCCAAAGUCCAGCCACGCCCUCACCACCUUUCUGUACGGUCUCAGAGCAUUGCUGAGGUCAUCACUGGCUGUGGCAGUAGCUACAGUGCCAUCACACCUUAUCCAGAACAGGUCUAUAAUGGGCCGAAUAACCAGGCUGUGUGACAGUGCUAUCGCCCUGGAAUCGUUCAAAGGCUCUGAGAGGGAGACCAACCCACUCUACAAAGAUUACCAUGGUCUGCUCCAUGUGCGGCAGGUACCUCACCUGAACUGUCUGGUGAGUCAACUCCCUGACCACAAAGACCUGGCCUUUAAGCUCAAGAGGAAACAGUUUAGCAUUGAGAGGCUCCAUUUGCCUCCGGACCUAUCGGAAACGGUGAGUCGCGUGAGCCGUGGAGAGCCUGCGGGAGGCGCUGCCGCCGCCACUUCUGGCUGCGCCACUUCCGCCAACAAGGACCUGGACUUCUAGAGCGCUCCGGCGCCGCGGUUGCCAUGGGCGACCCGCACCUGGGCUGCCUCCGCGCUGGCCCCUUCGCCGGGUCGUCCUCUCGCCCACGUACUGUCAACCACGAUCACCUCGCCAAGCGUUACCACCUGCCAACUGUCCUCGCCGGCGCCGAAGAGCUAAACGCCCACAGACGCUCGGGACGGACACGGAUCACUCUGAACUUCUGUGUCGCUGAAAACACCAGGAGAAGCCAUGUUUGUAGUCCCAAAUCUCCUCUGCCAGUAGAACACAUUCAAUCCAAGAUUAAAGCGUUUUCUGACA